ACCCAAGGUACAGUAGCAGAGAGUCACGGUUGAUGCCGGCUGGGCGUCGUCUGGUCUCCAACCUGGAGCUGGGAGAUAGAGAGAGAGAGAGAGAGAGAGAGAGAGAGAGAGAGAGAGAGAGAGAGAAGGAGCAAGAGAGCGACAGGUGGACGAGUUGGCAUGUAAAGAGAGACGACCGACUGCGCCAACCAGAACCCACCCACCUCAAGGCCCCGCGAGAAGCCUGAGGAAUGGAUAGUCUUCCGACCCAGGGAGAGGGAGGGGGCGGCGGGGGCGAGGAGGACAAGUCCCGCGACAAGAACCUGGUCUCCAGCGAGCCGCGGGACACAGACAAGUGGACCAAGGAGCAGCAGAACCAGGAGGAGAAGGGCGAGGAGAAGGAGAAGGAGGCGGUGGACGGCAGCGACCGGGGCAGCCAGCGCGAGGGCAGCCGGCGCUCGCACACCGGCUCGUGGCGGGCCGGCGGAUGGGCGCUGGGCGAGCGCCUGGCCAUCAACGUGUCGGGCAUGCGCUACGAGACGCAGCUGCGCACCCUGGCCCAGUUCCCCGACACCCUGCUGGGCGACCCCAAGCGCCGGCUGCGCUACUACGACCCGCUGCGCGACGAGCUGUUCCUGGACCGCAGCCGCGUCUGCUUCGACGCCAUCCUCUUCUUCUACCAGUCGGGCGGGCGGCUGCGGCGGCCCGCCAACGUGCCGCUGGACGUGUUCAUGGAGGAGAUGCGCUUCUACCAGCUGGGGGAGGACACGCUGGCGCGCUUCAAGCAGGACGAGGGCUUCCCCAAGGUGGAGGAGCAGCCGCUGCCCACCAACCCGCUGCAGCGCCGCCUCUGGAUGCUCUUCGAGUACCCCGAGUCGUCCGGGGGCGCGCGCAUCAUCGCCAUCAUCAGCGUCAUGGUGAUCGUGGUGUCCAUCCUCAUCUUCUGCCUGGAGACGCUGCCCGAGUUCAGGGCGGAGAAGGAGCUCAGAGAGCAAUUCACCACGAUCCCUCACCCCACCAUCCCCAACGCGACCAUCUCGGUGGCGCCCGAGUUCGCUCCGUUCCAGGACCCCUUCUUCAUCACGGAGACCGUGUGCAUCUGCUGGUUCUCCUUCGAGCUGGUGGUGCGGCUGCUCUGCGCGCCCAGCAAGGUGCACUUCUUCAAGGACGUCAUGAACACCAUCGACUUCUUCGCCAUCAUUCCCUACUUUGUGACGCUGGGCACAGAGCUGGCCAAGGACCGCGGCGACCCGCCCUCCGUCUCCCUGGCGCUGAUCCGGGUCAUCCGUCUGGUCAGGGUCUUCCGGAUCUUCAAGCUGUCCCGCCACUCCAAGGGGCUGCAGAUCCUGGGCCAGACGCUGAAGGCCAGCAUGCGGGAGCUGGGCCUGCUCAUCUUCUUCCUCUUCAUCGGCGUCAUCCUCUUCUCCAGCGCCGUGUACUUCGCCGAGGUGGACAACCCGAAAACAUCCUUCACCAGCAUCCCCGAGGCCUUCUGGUGGGCGGUGGUGUCCAUGACGACGGUGGGCUACGGCGACAUGUACCCGGAGACCGUGGGCGGCAAGCUGGUGGGCUCCAUGUGCGCCAUCGCCGGCGUGCUGACCAUCUCGCUGCCCGUGCCCGUCAUCGUGUCCAACUUCAGCUACUUCUACCACCGCGAGACGGAGUGCGUGGACACCGAGUCCGAGUUCAAGCACGUGGACACGGACGUGUGGGAGGGCGAGGGGGGGGAGGGGGACAGCUGCCGGGGGCCAGGGGUGAACGGGAAGCUGCUGGCGGGCGUGUUCGCCGGGCCGGGCCGGGAGAGGGGGCUGAGGCUCUUCACCAGCCCCAUGGUCACCCAGGUCUGA